AUGAAUGGUCUCAUUCAUAUGGUCCUCCGUCGUUCCAAAUCCAAUGAUAUCGAACAAAUCAAGCACAAUCUAUUGAGUUCGUUGCGCAUUCAUCUCAACCAGAAACACACACGCCAACUACAAUCGGUGCAUUACUAUUUCGAUGGACCUGGCACUAGAUCAAAGAUGGUGCUUCAAAGAAAGCGCCGGUCAAAGGCAGUGCCCGAGGAAAAGAUAGAUGCGAUACAUGCCACACCUGGAACCGACUUUAUGGGACAUCUAAAGCAAGCGGUAUCGGGAUUCGCACAGGACUUGCUAAAGGAAACACAGAGCACUAUAGACGAGAUUUACUUGUCUGGCAGCGAUCGAUGGGGCGAAGGAGAGUACAAGAUAUUCGAAUAUAUCAAUGGCAAACAGUGGGACAAAUCAGAGGUACUAUCCAUCAUGACAUGUGACUCUGACACUAUUCUCUUUGCACUCUUGUCAGAUGCAAACAUCAAGCUAUUCAAUAUCCUUGGUACACAAAUGAAGGAUAUCAAUGAGUUGAAGUUCAGGAUCACCUCUCGUGUCCCACACCGUACUCCAAAGCAAGUUCUCACAGACUUUGUAUUUCUGAAUCUGUUCAGAGGUAAUGACCUUUUACCAUCACUUGGAAGGUUUGAGUUUCACUCAGUAUGGAGGGCCUAUACCAACAGCACAAGCACUGAGGGAAUAUACAACGCCGAACAAUCUCAGAUCCAUUGGCCAUUGUUACUGGACGUCCUGUCCAAGAAUCAGUUUGCUGGAGCUACACCUGCAAAGAUUACUGCCAGGAUAGAGUUUAAGAAUAUCUUGUCCUCAUUGAAUCGAUUCUUGGGCAGAGUGGAGGAUCGUCGUAUCACUUGUCACGAGGUUUCUAUUAUCGAUCCCAACACUGGUAAGAGUGAGACCAUUCUGGCCAUGGACGGUAGGAAGAUUGGACCAUUCUCUGUUGGUAAGCAAGGUGGCAGUGUCUCAGAGGAUGAGCCCUACAAGGAGCUUUUAAACCCCGAUCAUCAAUUCUGGACACACUACAAGGACCAACUCAGUCCAGAACAAUGGAGAAGGAUUGAGGACAUGUGCAUUACCGCAAGCAAACAACUCUACACUAGGCAACAAGAGCUUCCCUCCAUUGAACAUUUCCUCGAAGGUGUCAUCUGGCAGAUGGACUACUUGAGAGGCAAAUGCACACACUUUGGCUAUCACUAUCGAUUCUUUUCGACACCAGAUAUCACCGACAUCAAUCAAUGUACCAUUCCACCCAACUCGAUCAAGUCGGAUCCACUUCCUCCUCUUCAAUUCUGUUUGGCCCUGACACAUCCGAUCAAUAAGUAUUUGGUCAACGAUUCACUCCACUCGUUGUUUGACGAGUUGCCACACUUUGAUACAGCAAGCCAUAUUCAAAUCAAUGCUUGGAAACAAGAGAAUGCUUUGAAAUCAAUCAGUGAAUCAUUCAAUAAGGUUCUCGAUCGAUCAAAGUUGAGUCCCAUGGAGUUGGAUCAUCUGCGGUUCAAUCCAACACUUUGGUACAAGAGGGAUGGAGAAUCAAUCUAUUUACAGGAGGAGGUACUGAAUGUGGAUAAAACACACACAUACACAGAGCCAAAGCUCAUUGGCAAGACCAAUAACAACUCAUCAACAAGGAACGUCACGGUGGUCACCAAGCUACAGUCCUCACAGCAACAAGCAGCACCAUAUCGUCCAAGGAGUCAGAUGAUGAGCAACAAUAAUGCGCAAUAUAGACCAGCGACAUCAUCCAAACACAGUAGUGCAACAUUCCAACAUGGAAAACAUGUUUCAUCAAGUUGGACACCUCAUCUUAACACUACCACGACGACAACGACAACCACAACUGCAACAACAAACAGUAAUGGAAGCAGGAACUUUAACACCCUAAAACCAUUCAAUCAUGUUUCGCCUCCAAGUCGCAACUUGACAAGAAAUAUUUCCAAUCAACUGUUGUGGUUUUUGCGUAAAUAA